AUGGGGGUGGUUGUGGGUGUCGCUGCUGCGGGUCGGACUGAUCGAACGUCUCUGUCUGUGAACAUGCGGAAGGCAGCAGAGCGUGGGGAGGCUCAAUUGGAUAGUGAUAGGCGUAAGCAUAUUUCCUACUUCUGGUGCUUCUGUGAGCUGACUGGAAUGAAUUACAGGUUGCUGGUGGGUGUCGCUGCUGCGGGUCGGACUGAUCGAACGUCUCUGUCUGUGAACAUGCGGAAGGCAACAGAGCGUGGGGAGGCUCAAUUGGAUGGUGACGGGAGUAAGUAUCUUUCCUUGGAUGUCUGA